AUGAGACGAGGUUCAACCAGACCAAGGUUCAACCAGACCAAGGUUCAACCAGACAAAGGUUUAACCAGACAAAAGUUCAAUCAGACAAAGGUUCAAUCUGACCAAAAACAAGUUCAACCAAGGUUCACCCAGACAAAGGUUCAACUGAGGUUCAAGAGAGGAAAGCUAAUCAAGGGAAUGUUGUCAACUACUCCCGCUGGUCAACUACCCUGCUGGUCAACUUACCCACUGGUCAACUACCCUCUGUUGGUCAACUACCCCGUUGGUCAACUACCCCGCUGGUCAACUACCCCGUUUAUCAACUACCCCGUUGGUCAACUACCCCUGUCAACUACCCCGCUGGUCAACUACCCCACUAGUCAACUACCCCUGGUCAACUACACUCGUUGGUCAACUACCCCGCUGGUCAACUACCCCACUAGUCAACUACCCGCUGUUAAACUCCAACUGGACAACUACCCGCUGGUCAACCACCGCUGGUCAACUACCCCGCUGGUCAACUACCCGCUGGUCAACUACCCACUGGUCAACUACCGCUGGUCAACCACCCCGCUGGUCAACUACCCGCUGGUCAACUACCCGCUGAUCAACCACCCCACUAGUCAACUACCCGCUGUCAACUACCCACUGGUCAACUACCCGCUGGUCAAUCUACUGAUAACCACCGCCGGUCAACUACCCAACUGGACAACUACCGCUGGUCAACUACCCCGCUGGUCAACCACCCCGCUGGUCAACUACCCGCUGGUCAACUACCGCGCUGGUCAACCACCCGCUGUCAACCACCGCUGGUCAACUACCCCACUGUUCACUACCCGCUGGUCAACUACCCUACUGGAUAACUACCCCGCCGGUCAACUACCCCCGCAUUCUCAACCCGCUGGUCAACUACCCCGCUGGUCAACUACCCCGUUGGUCAACUACCCCGCUGGUCAACUACCUUGGUCACUACCCAUCAACCCCGCUGGUCAACUACCACCCGGUCAACUACCCACUACCAUCAACUACCCACUGGUCAACUACCCGCUGGUCAACUACCCCGCUGGUCAACUACCCCGUUGGUCACACCUGCCGUCACCCGCCAACUACCCACUAGUCAACUACCCACUGGUCAACUACCCGCUGGUCAACUACCCCGCUGGUCAACUACCGCUGGUCCAACACCCCACUGGUCAACUACCCCGCUGGUCAACUACCGCUGGUCAACUACCCACUGGUCAACUACCCCGCUGGUCAACUACCAGCUGGUCAACUACCCGCUUCGUAACUACCCGCUGGUCAACUACCCGCUGGUCAACCACCGCUGGUCAACUACCCGUUGGUCAACCACGCCGUUGGCAAUUACCGGCCUGGACAAAUCCUCACUGGACAAAUUCCUAA